AUCACAGUGUGGUAAAAAAAAUGGUGGCGUAAAAAGGUGUGUUAUAUUCUUGUCAUGGCGGUGAACACGUGAGUUAUUAACUUUGCUGACUUCCGUAUUACUUGAACAAUGAGUUUCAAUCAGUACAAGGACAAGAUAGAAGAAGGGGACACGGUUAUACUUUUUCUUGGGGUAGAUGAUACGUUGACAAUACGAAUAAAACAUGGUAAAACGCACCAAACUAGGUACGGGGCUGUCCGUCACGCCGAUCUGAUUGGUAAACAGUACGGAAGUCGAAUAACUUGUAUUGGUGGAAAGGGGUGGUUACAUGUAUUACACCCAACACCGGAGUUAUGGACAAUUACGUUACCACAUAGAACACAGAUCAUCUAUAGUAUUGACAUUAGCAUGAUCACGCUACAGUUAGACCUCAAACCUGGAUCGAUUGUUUGUGAGUCAGGAACUGGUAGUGGAUCUUUAUCCCAUGCUAUUAUUCGCAGUAUUGCUCCCACUGGUCAUUUAUAUACCUAUGACUAUCAUCAGCAAAGAUGUGACAAAGCCAGGGAAGAAUUUACAGACCAUGGUAUUGGUGAUUUAGUUACUGUUUCAUGUCGAGAUGUGUGUAAGGAUGGAUUUGAUGUUGAACACAUAGCAGAUGCUGUCUUCUUAGAUCUACCCGUUCCAUGGGAUGCCAUCAAGUCUGCUAAACAAGCAUUCAAAUUACAAGGUGGCAAAAUAUGUUCGUUUUCUCCAUGUAUCGAACAAGUUCAGAGGUCGUGUGAUCAGCUGCGAGAAAGUGGGUUUGUGGAGGUAACGACUGUUGAGUGCAUUGCACGUCCAUAUGAUGUCAAAACAAUUUGUCUACCACCAUACAAUAUGGGGUACAUAGAAGGAUCUACUGAGUCCAGUGAUGAUGCACCAACCGACACAAAACCAAAGUCUUCGUUAAAAGGAUUCACUGCCAAAUGUGGCAUUUUGCCAAAAGAAACUGCUGGGCAUACAGGGUUUCUAACUUUUGCUUCACUUUACACUGAAUGAUAUUGUAUGCAUCACAAACAAGAGCUAACAUUGGAUUAUUUUUUUUAUCAUCAGCAAAACUGACCAAUGUGAAAAGAGGUAGUAUAUCACUCUGAAAUCUUGUACAAACAAUGUACGAUAUUCACUUUUCGCAAUUUACUUUUCUGUUUGUGUAUGAAUCAUUAAAUAAAAUAUUCUACCACCGUA